UGAGAAAUAAUUACAGGCUUUCCAUUUCAUUUCCAGCUUGGUUUUAAGGCUGUGUGGCCUCGCUUUAUUUAUUUAUUUAGAAGUUAAGAGGGUGGCUGCUAAAGAUGCAGGAGGUGAUGCAGGGAUGCUGCUAGCUAUUGCGUGACGCGGAGAGCACACACACGAUGAAGAGGAGCUCUCGGCUCUCCUAACCCUUUUUGUCAGCGAUUUGGAAGCAGCGACUGCCGCCGCGCCUGCUCUUCCGACAUGUCUGGAUCGACGCAGCCCGUGACGCAGAGCUGGCGCGCUGCCGAGCCGCGCUACCCCCCGCACGCCAUGUCCUACCCGGUCCAGAUUGCCCGGCCACACGCGGACGUUGCGCUGUUGGAGUACCAGCAUCAUUCCAGGGAUUUUGCUUCCCACCUCCCUCCGGGGUCAAUCAUGCAGCCGCAGCGGCGAAGGCCGUCCCUGCUCUCCGAGUUCCAGCCAGGCAAUGAAAGAUCUCAGGAGCUGCACCUGAGAACUGAGGCGCAUUCCUAUCUCUCUGACCUGACCAAGCCAUCGGACUUGGAGUUCAUUGAAACCAAGAGGCCACGCCUGGAGCUGCUGCAGGACCCUCUGAUGCGGCACUCGCCUCUCCUGAACCAGAGCCAGCAGGGAGGGACAGAAGAUCUCUCAAAGGAUCGUGGCCUGCCUGGCAAACUGGAGCCCGUGUCGCCCGUGAGCCCUGCUCACCCUGACGCCGAGCUGGACCUGCUGCCUGCCCGGCUGUCCAAGGAGGAGCUCAUCCAGAACAUGGACCGCGUGGACCGCGAGAUCACCAUGGUGGAGCAGCAGAUCUCCAAGCUGAAGAAGAAGCAGCAACAGUUGGAGGAAGAAGCAGCCAAACCACCAGAGCCUGAAAAACCCAUCUCCCCUCCUCCUAUCGAGUCCAAACAUCGCAGCUUGGUGCAGAUCAUCUACGACGAGAACAGGAAGAAGGCGGAGGCUGCCCACCGGAUCCUGGAAGGACUGGGUCCCCAGGUGGAGCUGCCAUUAUACAACCAGCCUUCAGACACCAGGCAGUACCAUGAAAACAUUAAAAUCACAAACCAGCUCCAGGAGCCCAAAAUUCACCUAGCAGCUCCCCGCUCAUCCCAUUCAAGGAAGCAAGAGGAACAGAAGUUUUGCCAGCGCUAUGACCAGCUGAUGGAGGCCUGGGAAAAAAAAGUGGAGCGCAUCGAAAAUAACCCCCGGCGCCGUGCCAAAGAGAGCAAAGUGCGGGAAUACUAUGAGAAGCAAUUCCCGGAGAUCCGGAAGCAGCGGGAACUGCAAGAGCGCAUGCAGAGGGUAGGACAGAGGGGCAGCGGCGGGCUCUCCAUGUCAGCCGCACGCAGCGAGCACGAGGUGUCAGAAAUCAUCGACGGGCUCUCAGAACAAGAGAACCUGGAGAAGCAGAUGCGCCAGCUCGCUGUCAUCCCGCCCAUGCUCUACGAUGCUGACCAGCAGCGCAUUAAAUUCAUCAACAUGAAUGGCCUCAUGGAUGACCCCAUGAAGGUCUACAAGGACCGGCAGGUGAUGAACAUGUGGAGUGAACAGGAGAAGGAGACCUUCCGGGAAAAGUUCAUGCAGCAUCCGAAGAACUUCGGCCUGAUCGCAUCCUUUCUGGACAGGAAGACGGUGGCUGACUGUGUCCUCUAUUAUUACCUGACCAAGAAGAAUGAGAAUUACAAGAACCUCGUAAGGAGGAAUUACCGGCGGCGCGGGAAGAGCCAGCAGCAGCAAAUGCCCCGGAGCAGCCAAGAAGAAAAAGAUGAAAAAGAGAAAGAAAAAGAGAAGGAGGGAGAGAAGGAGGAAGACAAGCAGGAAACAGAAAAUGACAAAGAAGAACUGACAAAGGACAAGAACGACGACACGUCCGGGGAAGACAACGAUGAGAAAGAAACUGUCACCUCCAAAGGUCGCAAAACGGCCAACAGCCAGGGCCGGCGCAAGGGCCGCAUCACCCGCUCCAUGGCCAACGAAGCCAACAACGAGGAGGCGGCUGCGCCGCAGCAGAGCGCAGAGCUGGCUUCCCUGGAAAUGAAUGAAAGCUCUCGCUGGACCGAAGAGGAGAUGGAGACGGCUAAAAAAGGUCUCCUUGAGCAUGGGAGGAACUGGUCGGCCAUUGCCAGGAUGGUGGGCUCCAAGACCGUGUCGCAGUGCAAAAACUUCUACUUCAACUACAAGAAGAGGCAGAACCUGGACGAGAUCCUACAGCAGCACAAACUGAAAAUGGAGAAAGAAAGGAACGCCAAGAGGAAGAAGAAAAAAGGUGCUGCUGUUCAAAACGAAGAAGCCGCCUUCCCUCCUGCAGCUGAGGAUGAGGAGAUGGAGGUGUCAGGGACGAGCGGCAACGAGGAGGAGAUGGCGGAGGAGGCGGAAGCUGCAGUAAAUAACAGCUCCGACACCGAGAGCAUUCCCUCGCCAAGGCCUGAAGCCAAAGAAGGAGGCGAAAACGGGGCCAAGGCACCACCCGGGCCGGGAGGUGACACCGGCACAGAACCAGCGGUCAAGUGGGAAGAGGCUCCAACACCCCCCGACGCUCCCGCUGCUCCCCCUGCCAACCCCGCUCCUGCCACCAGCCCCCAGCCCGAGGCAGCUCCCGAGCCGCCCAGCAGCGAGGAGAAGGUGCCAGAGGACCUGGUGGUGGACGUGGUGAAAACGGAGGAGCCGGAGGAGAAGGUGAGCGAGGAGCCCUGCAAGAGCGAGGUGAAGAAGGAGGAGACUGAAGAGAGCCAGGAGAAGGACAAGGGGAAUGACAAGAAGGCGGAAAGCAGCGUCAGCAGCGCAGGGACAGCGGGGACAGAGGGGACGCCCAAGGCUGAGAAGAAGGAGAGCCAUAAGGGCAGUAAAGGCCCCGGGGUGAACCCUGACAGCGACUCCAGCGCGACCUGCAGCGCGGACGAGAUGGACGAGCAGGAUGCUGUGGACAAGAGCAGGUUGCUGUCCCCCCGGCCCAGCCUGCUCAACACCACCAGCGACACCAGGCUCAACUCGUCACCGCAGAAGCCUCUGGACCUGAAGCAGCUGAAGCAGCGAGCUGCUGCCAUCCCUCCCAUUAUUUCCGAAGGUUUCUCAGAAGGGAUACUGCAGAGUGGAAGCGUGAAGCCUCAGGUACCUCCCCACGCCUUGGCUCUCUACCAGCAGCAGAUCACAAAAGCCCACGAGUCUGCCCGUGAGGACGUGCCCCCGAGCAAGCCCCAGCAGCAGCAGCCUGAGAAGGAGCAGCAGCAGCCCAGCAGCAGUCCCAGGGGAAAGAGCCGGAGCCCCGCUGUUGGUGACAAGGAAGAAAAGUCCGUGCAUUUCUCCUCCAUCGCAGAGGCUCAGAAGCUGAGCGCAGAGUCGAUGGCCGCCUCCUGCUGGCCCCCUGUCCUGUCCUACCCCCGGGAUGUGAUCAAAACCUCUCCCCAGGCAGAACCCCACUUGUUCCAGUACAACCCACCAGGACACCCCAUCCCACUAAACCUGCAUGAGAGCUCUCGCUCGGGGCUGCAGAGACUGGCUAGCAUCUCCAACCCUCCCCCCCUCAUCUCCUCCACCAAGCACCCCUCCGUGCUGGAGAGACCCGUCGGAUCCAUUUCCCAGGGAAUGCCCAUCCAGCUCCACACACCCUACAGCUCUGAGCAUGCCAAGGUCCCCGUCGGCUCCAUCACCAUGGGCCUACCACUGACCAUGGAUCCCAAGAAACUGGUGCCUUUUCCUGGAGUAAAGCAGGAACAACUUUCUCCUAGAAGCCAGGCCAGCCAGCCAGAAAGUCUGGUUCUACAGCCAUCCCAGGAGGGCUCCAUCCUGCGAGGUACUUCCCUCAGCUCUGCCUCUGGAGGGAGCAUCACCAAGGGAACACCCACAUCCAGACCACCUCCGGAGUCCCCCAUCACCUACCGAGGGUCCAUCACACAUGGCACCCCGGCAGAAGUGCUGUACAAAGGAACCAUUACCAGGAUAAUCGGAGAAGACAGCCCCAGCAGAGCAGAGAAGGCGAGGGAGGAUGCCGUGCCCAAAGGACAUGUCAUCUACGAAGGGAAGAAAGGCCACGUGCUGUCAUACGAGGGUGGAGUUGCUGCUUCUCAGUGUCCCAAAGAAGACAGCAGGAGCUCCGGAGCUUCCCAUGAGACCACAGGAACUAAGCGGACCUAUGAUAUGAUGGAGGGGAGGAUCAGCCGGGGCUUAUCAGCCCGUGAUACCUUAUCUGCCAGCAUUGAAGGUCUCAUGGGUCGAGCGAUCCCUCCAGACCGACACAGUCCCCAUAACUUGAAGGAGCAGCAUCACAUGAGGGGCUCGAUUACACAAGGAAUACCUCGGUCCUACGUGGAGGCCCAUGAGGACUACCUCAGAAGAGAAGCCAAACAGCUCAAGAGGGAAAACACUCCACCGAGGGACUUAUCUGAUGCCUACAAGGUCAGAUCUCACGAGGGCCUUACUCCUCUGAAAAUGAAAUCAGCCCAUGAAGACUUGGUGGCCACAGUGAAAGAAGCAGGAAGAUCAAUCCAUGAGAUUCCCCGUGAGGAGCUGAGGCGGACGCCGGACAUCUCUCUGACGAGGCCUCUGAAGGAAGGUUCCAUCACGCAGGGUACCCCACUGAAGUAUGACAGCAGCUCUUCCUCCUCAAGUACCAAAAAGCAUGACGUGCGGUCCAUCAUCGGCAGUCCCGGCAGGACUUUUCACUCUGUGCACUCGCUGGACGUCAUCCAAGACCCGAGGAAUCUGGAGAGAGCUUAUGAAGAGAGCCUGAAAAACAGGCCAAGCCCAGUGACAAACUCGGGUGGCUCCAUUGCCAGAGGGGCUCCUGUGAUUGUACCGGAGCCGAGCAAGGCCCACCAGAGUGCCCUCGGCUAUGAGGACCACCAGGCAGGGCACAGCACCGCGUUCAGCAGCCACUUGCACAGAGGGUCUCCGGUCUCCACACGGGAGUCCACGCCACGGCAGCACGAAGGGAGCAUCAGUGCUGGGAAACCGGUGUCCCAGGACAGAAAGAUCACCCCCACAUCGAGAGAGCUCACCAACUCCAAGUCUCCGCACGCCCCUGUGCCUGACCACCACCACCCCAUCUCCCCGUACGAGCACCUGCUCCGCGGUGUGAGCGGGGUUGACCUGUACCGAGGACACAUCCCGCUGCCUUUCGACCCCGCCGCCAUCCCCAGGGGAAUCCAACUGGAAGCAGCUGCUGCUUACUACUUGCCGAGGCAUCUGGCUCCGAGCCCCACGUACCCUCACCUGUACCCCCCGUACCUCAUCCGGGGCUACCCGGACACGGCGGCCAUGGAGAACCGACAGACCAUCAUCAACGACUACAUCACGUCGCAGCAGAUGCACCACAACGCCGCGGCCACGGCCAUGGCGCAGCGGGCGGACAUGCUGCGCGGCCUGUCGCCCCGGGAGCCCUCCCUCGCCCUCAACUAUGCAGCAGGCAUCAUCGACCUGUCCCAAGUGCCACACCUGCCUGUCCUCGUGCCCCCUACCCCUGGCACCUCUGCCACGACCAUGGACCGCAUCACCUACAUCCCUGGGCCCCCCCAGACCUUUGGCAGUCGGCACAGCAGCUCCCCGCUCUCCCCAGGAGGCCCCACGCACAUGACCAAACAGUCGGGAUCGUCGGUGUCCGAACGGGAACGGGAGCGGGAACGAGAACGAGAGAGGGAGAGGGAGCGUGAAAAAUCCAUCCUAGCAUCCACCACAGUGGAGCAUGCACCCAUCUGGAGACCAGGUACAGAGCAGUCCAGCAGCCGUUCGUCUUCCCACUCCCACAGCCACCAGCACUCUCCCGUCUCACCCCGCACCCACGAGACCAUCCAGCAGCGCCCCAGCGUGCUCCACAACACGAGCAUGAAGAUCAUCUCCUCGGAGACCCCCACCCCUUCCGUCCUGCGAACCUCCUCUACCACUACCACAUCACCGAUCCGCUCCGCCGCCUUCCCCUCAGCCUCCACCCUGCGCUCCUCCCUCAGCGCGGCCGACGGCUACGCAGCCCCUCUGGACCCGGCCAUCCUGCAGAAAGAGGCCUCGAGGGUGCGGGAAGCCAAGACAGAACGAGCCCAGACUGACAACAACGUCUACACCUCAAAGCUGCCCAGUGGGGCCAACCUCGAACAGUCGCCUUCGCCCAUUAAAGCCAUGGAGUCGAGGCCUUUGCCCGCCUCCGGAUCUGGUUCUUCUCAUCACUACGGCAGAGGACAGGGGAAAAGCCAGCAGCACCAUCACCCUCUGGACCAGCAGCACGCAGCUUCAGGCUCCGAGCAGCACAGUAGAGAAAAGAGUCAAAGCAAACGCUUUUCCAUGCAGGAGCAGGAGCUCCGAGCACUCGGCUUUCACGGAGGCUACAGCCCUGAGCGGAUGGAAGCAGUGAGUCCCGUGAGCUCACCCAGCCUGUCCCAUGAGAAAGGGGCCAAGCUGCUGCAGGAUGCAGAGAAGGGGCACGGCGAGCAUGACCUGAGACAGAAACAGCAAGGCUCGCUGAAGGCCUCGGCUCCCGAAGCCGCCCACCUGCAGCACCUUCGGCAGCCCGAUGGCCCCCAGUGCCAGCCCCUGCAGAGCACCAAGGGCAUGAACCAGCGGGUGGUCACGCUGGCCCAGCACAUCAGUGAGGUCAUCACGCAGGACUACACGCGCCACCACCCGCAGCAGCUCAACUCGCACAUCCAGGCGCCGGUGUACUCCUUCCCCGGGGCGGCGUGCCCGGUGCUGGACCUGCGCCGCACCCCCAGCGAGGCCUACCUGCCACAGCCCGAGCACACGGCGGCCUCUCGGAUCUCCCCGCAGAACGAAGGUGGCAAAAGGUCCCCAGAGCAGGGCAAAGCCGCGGCCGGCGGGGCCGACAGCUGUAUCGAGCCGGUGUCUCCACCAGACGGCGUGGGAGAAGCAGAACACGCCAAGAGCGCCCCUUACCCCGUCCUGUUCCGCGAGGGAGAGCCCAUGGACCAGAGGAUGGGGUCCAAGUCCCCGGGAAACAACACUCAGCCUCCAGCUUUCUUCAGCAAGCUGACUGAGAGCAACUCUGCCAUGGUGAAGUCCAAGAAACAGGAGAUCAUCAAGAAGCUCAGCACGACCAACAAAAACGAGACGGAGUACAAUGUUGGGCAGCCUGGGACAGAGAUUUUCAACAUGCCAGCGAUUACAGGAGCAGGGCUAAUCAGUUGUAGGAGCCAGUCGGUCCAAGAGAAUUCCAGUACCAACAUGGGGUUGGAGGCAAUAAUUAGGAAAGCCCUAAUGGGUAAAUAUGACGAGCAGUGGGAAGAGCGCUCACCUCUCAGUGCCAAUGCUUUUAACUCUCUGAAUGCCAGUGCAAGCCUGCCCGCUGCUAUGCCCAUAACUCCUGCUGAUGGACGAAACGAGGACGUGCGCUCCUUGCCAGGAGGAGGGGGGAAGCCAAAGAUCGCUGCCAGGCCCAACAGCCGCAAGGCCAAGUCCCCGGCGCCAGGUCUGUCCUCGGGCGAGCGGCCGCCCUCGGUGUCCUCGGUGCAUUCAGAGGGCGACUGCAACCGCAGGACGCCCCUCACCAACCGCGUCUGGGAGGACAGGCCGUCGUCCGCAGGUUCGACACCGUUCCCCUACAACCCGCUCACCAUGCGGCUCCCCAGCGGGGUGGUGACCGCAGCCCCCGCUGCCCCGCUGCCGCAGGGGACCCCCAGCAGCCAGCACCACGCCUGGGACGAGGAGCCCAAGCCCCUGCUCUGCUCCCAGUACGAAACCCUUUCGGACAGUGAAUGAGAGGAGCCAGGGGCAGGGAGACGGCGACCAAACCCAGGGUGUGGGGAGCGAGCGGGACGCCCCGGGCGAGCACCCACUGCCCCGGCCCCGCCGGCUCUCACGAGCGAAGAUGUAGGAGCAGAGCGAUUUCGUUUUUCCCUUUUCCUUUAUUUUUUCCCUUCCUCCCCAACCAGCCAAUUUGGGGGAAGGGGGAUUUUUUAUUUUUUUUUUUAUUAUUAUUAUUAUUAUUUCGUUUGGGUUAUUUUUUUUUUCUUUCUCAACAUCUGGCAAUUUCUGCAUCCUCUUUGGUCUGAUAAAGAAAAGAAAAGAAAAGAAAAAAAAAGCCUUAACGAGACAAAAACCCAAGGAACCCAUCUUCGAUCUUGGCAGCCGUGCUGGGCGGUGAUCCCCACGCUCGAGAGGGACUGUGAGCGGCCACGUGCCCGUCCUGGGGCCACGCGCGCUCGGACGCUCUGCUGGCGCUUUCCCGCGGGGUCGGGCGAGGGGCUGUGGCGUCGCUCCCGAGGAGUCGAGCGAGGGGCCGCGGGACGCUCCUGCGGAGUUGCCCGACGGGGCUGUGGGAUGUUCCCCCCACAUCCCGGCCAUGGGGAUGUGCCACAGAAAUGCAAAACCUGGAGCGGGUUAAAGAAGAGAAGAGAAAAAUGGUUUGAGAAGUGAAACGGGACGGAGCACCCUGGGUUGGUUCCCCAGCUGAUCCGAGGGCUGGUGGCCCGCCAUUCCCGUGUCACAGGACGUAUCAGCCCCGCAGCGACACGCUUCGAAUGUGGCUGGGAUGAGCGGGCAGGGGAGGGAGUGAAGAGCUGUUUCUUAAAAAAAAAAAAAAAACACACAAAAAUCCUGAUCCCUUCGGUGGAAGCGAUCCCGGGUAACUCGGAGCGGGCAGGGACGUCCCCGGGCUGGCUCAUGUGCUGCCCACCGAGGGGCUCGGUUGCUUUAAGUGCAUUGUUUUCUGAAUGGUGAGAAAAGGCAAUUGUAAAUUGUAUUGGUCUACAGGGUAUAUUUUUGAUACCUUCAGUGAAUUAUGUCAAUAUUUUACGCAAGGAAGGACUUAAACAAAACACAGUAUUACAUGCUGUAAAAGAGGUUCUGUUCUUACAUGCAGGCUUUGAUGCGUUUGUCCAUUGUAUGGAAGGGUUUAAAAAAAAAAAAAAGAAAGGUAACAAUGAUCCAUCACAGUUACCUGGGAGUCAGGAGAAUGUAUGUACUUAGUUUAAAAAAAAAAAAAAACCAAACAAAAUCUUGCCAUGGUUGCAGGGCCCCCCGUUACACACACCUUUGCUGGUUGUAGACGUUGAUUCUCCAGAGCCCUCCGAGCUGGCCAGGGCAGGGGCAGAGCGGGCAUGAGGCCGGCGUGGCAGGGAGUUCACAGGAAACUUUAAAAAAAAAAAAAAAAAAAAAAAAGGAAAAAAAAGGAAAAAAAAAGUUUUUAUUGUAUUUUUGUGAUACACACGAAUGCUCUACUUUACAUUAUUUUUUUCAUUCCAUGAUGUUGGCUCAUAUCUGCAGUUACAUGGUUAAAGAACAAAAUAUUAGACUUUUUUUCAUUCACUUCUGCUUUCUCGCUCUGGGGGGAAAAACAAAUGGAAAAAAGAAAAAAAAAAAAGAAAUAAAAUGUAUUAAAUGCUUUGCAUUCUAUGCGCUAGAGGAGCCCCAGCCCGGCCCAGCCCAUCCAGGCGGGCGGCAGCCCCCGCAUCCCACACGAGGGCCCAGCGGCACAGCCGGAGCCAUCACCUUCCCCUCGGAUCUUUCUUUUCCCCCUGCAACGUUCCCAGGUUGAUUCUGAUUUCAAAGCAAGAGAAUGAUGGUGUUUGUUGUUUGUUUGGGGUUUGGUUUUUUUGUUGUUGUUGUUGUUGGUUUUCUUUUUUUGGUUUUUUUUUUUACAAUGUACAGGUUUUUAAUGUUCAUCAAUGUUUGUGUCUUUUUUGUUGUGCUUUUUUUUUUUUUUUUUU